AUGAUUCAGACUUCGAACGAAACAAAAACUAUUUUGAUUAUCGGUGGUGGACUAGGUGGUUUGGCUCUUGCACAACUAUUAUUGCAAGAUUCGCAUCCGUCUCUGAAAGUAAUUGUCUUCGAACGUGAUGACGGAGAAGAUGCUCGUGAUCAGGGCUUUUAUAUUACAAUUAAUCCAAUGGGUAUCGAAGUUCUCAAACGUAUUUCGGUUCUCAAUGAUGUUCUUUCAGAUUCGACAAUAAUAUCUUCUAAAAAUAUCGAUGUUCGUUGGAAUAAACGACUUAUCUCUUAUAAUAUUGUCGAUGAUGGAAUCGAAGCACAUUUCGAUGAUGGAUCAUCGGUCAAAGGUACAUUGCUUGUCGGUUGUGAUGGAUCGAAAUCAGUUGUUCGAGCUCAACUUGUGCCGAAUCUAUGUCGACAAGAUACAGGUGUCGUUUUAGUAGCUGGUACUCUUGAACCAAAUGAACAAUUAGGUCAAAUUCGACAAUUAAUAGAGAAUAGUCUUGUACAAGUACUCGGGGAUCAAAGUCAUGCAUUGUUUUUAAUUUCUGUCGGACAAUUUUGGUUUUGGUCCCUUUCAUGGGCAACAGAAUGUACAAUAGAAUCGAGUCUUUCUCUAGAAGAAAUACUUGAUAAAGUUCGUACUAAUUUCACUAAUGAAGAAAUUGUUCGCUUAAUGGAAUUGUCUUUAUCAUCGGCGCGUCUCACACCUUUACGUUUGUAUUCGUCUCCACUUUUAAAAGUGAAUCCAUUUCCAAAUAAUCCUCGAGUGACACUAAUUGGUGACGCUGCACAUCUUAUGACUAUUCAACGUGGUAUGGGCGCAAAUACGACUUUUGCUGAUGCACUCGAUCUUACCGAUGUUAUACAUCGUGGUUCAACUCAAAGUUUACUCGGUAAUUAUGAAGAGAAAAUGUUUCAACGUGGCUUUCAAGCCGUUCAAGAUUCUUUCAAUAGUACUCGCAUGAUACGCCUAUCAGGUGUUAAGGAAACGGAAAUUCACCUGUGUCUGUCUGUAACACUUGGUACAAAUGGCCAUUUUUGUGGUACAAAGUACCGUAGUCGUGGUACAAGUGACCAUUUUCGUGGUACAAAAGUACCACUUUGGUGGUACAGGCGACCAUUUAUUUGA